GUGCCUAAUUGAACUUUUCUUCACUUGCUUACUUUUUGCAGGCAUCAGCAGAUCUUGCCAGAUAUAGGAUUGUUGUUGGGGUUUGUGAUGGACCAAUGUUGACCAAAAAAGAGUAUGCUUACUUAAUAGAACCUAUUGAGAAGCGCAUGCAAGGUGUGAAGAACUACAUUAAGUCCAUGAAACCUGAGUUGACUGUUGAAGUGGAUCCAAUCACAGAUCCUGAUGGUCCAUCUAUCAGGGAUGAACAUUUGGAGGCUAUAGUUGUGAGGAGACAUUGCCUGGGGGAAUUGCUGUUAACAGGAAAAGGGCAGAGAGAGGGUUAUCACAAUUAAAGCCAUAUCCAUUGAUCUUCAAAUGCAGAUUGAAGUAGUAGAUAUAUUGCCUGAGGAAUCUACGGGAAUCAAAAUUAGUUCUUCGACAUUCCGAAAAAUUGAGGCUGCAGAAGCCUUAACAAAUCAGCAGCUUGAUGGUGACUCGGAGACAGAUCCUCU